UCCAGCCUGGGGGACAGAGCAAGGCUCAGUAUCCAAAAACAAAGAAAGAAAGAAAGGGCCCUUAUGAAUCAUCUUCAAGUCCCUCCCUUCCAAGAACAGAGAUGCUGGGCGAUUUGCCCAGAGGCACACAGCAUGUAGCGGGAUUCAUGCCUGCAGGAGCUGGGGCUGGGGGAUAUUGUCAGCUUUAGCGGAUCAAAAGAGCGGGUGAGUAGGGCUAUGCAAUCUGGUGGUUACCCUGUGAGAGAGCCCCCAGACUGCUCAGUUCUGAGGGGUCCAGCCAUAUGCUGUCUUUUUGCCCCAAAGGAGAAAUGUCUGGAGUAAGACCCAUCUCCAGAGACACCUUGAUGGAGACCCUCCUGUAUGAGCAGCUCCUGGAACCCCUAACCAUGGAGGUUCUUGGUGUCACUGACCCUGAAGAGGACCUGGACCCUAUGGAGGACUUCAAUCCUUUGGAGUGUAUGGAGGACAGUGACAUGUUGGCCCUGCGGCUGGCCUGCAUCGGGGACGAGAUGGAUGUGAGCCUCAGGGCCCCGCGCCUGGCCCAGCUCUCUGAGGUGGCCAUGCACAGCCUGGGUCUGGCUUUCAUCUACGACCAGAUGGACGACAUCAGGGAUGUUCUUAGAAGUUUCAUGGAUGGUUUCACCACCCUUAGGGAGAACAUAAUGAGGUUCUGGAGAUCCCCGAAUCCCAGGUCCUGGGUAAGAGCCUUAGAGAUUCCUGACCCUGAUUUGCUCUGCGGCCAGUGGGGGCUGUCAGAGCUGCUCCUCAGGGCGCCACAGUCCCCAUCACUCCCUGUCAUCUGCUGUGUCAUCAUUGUCCACAUCCGCCUGGUCCCAUAGGCUUCUGAGUUUGGGAUUCCUGGUUAUGAGUGCACAAACCAGUGCGUGGUCCUGGGUCUCCCUCUGGCCCGAGAGCCUUCACCUGGCAGACAGGAUUCUCGUCUCCUCGCCAGGGCAGAGGCCUCCCUGAGCAGCCGUCCUGGCAGCCUGGUGCCACUCUGCACUGCCCACCACCAGGGCAGCUAACCGCCCUGACCUGUGUCCACCCUUUGCCUGUGUCCCACAGACUGGCAGCCGCUGGCCUCUUUGGCCAUGUCCUCAGGGCCACUUUCCCCCUCUCCUGAACUCCUUCCUUCUCUGGUUCCCUCGAGCUGCUUCCCAGUCCCCACCUCCCUGGGCUUCCCCUUGGAACUCUGCUGUCACCCCGUCUGGCCUCAUUGCUGGGGCCUGCUCCGAGCCUGACUCCUCUGUUUUGCUCCCGCAGGUGUCCCGUGAACAGGUGCUGCUGGUGCUGCUGCUGCUGCUGGCACUGCUGCUGGCGCUGCUCAGCGGGGGCCUGCACCUGCUGCUCAAGUGAGGCCCCAGCGGCUCAGGGCAGGGCUGGCCCCACCCCUGUGACCACUGCCCUGGAGGUGGCGGCCUGCUGCUGUUGUCUUUUUAACUGUUUUCUCAUUAUGCCUUUUUAUAUUUAAACUCUGAGAUAGUGCUGGAACACUGCUGAGGUUUUAUACUCAGGUUUUUUGUGUUUUUUUAAAUUCCAGUUUUCGUUUUUUCUAAGAGAUGAAUUCCUAUGGCUCCGAACUUGUUGCCGGUUAACUGUGGCUUGUGCCCAGGAAGAGCCAUUCACUCCUGCCCCCGCCCACACGGCAGUUAGCAGGGGGAGUGCUGGCCACACCCCUGUGUGAUGUGUGAUGCCCUUGGCAAAGAAUCUACCGGAAUAGAUUCCAAGGAGCAGGAGUGCUCAAUAAAAUGUUGGUUUCCAACAGA